UGAAGAAUCAGAAGCAACUCCUGGUAAUGUAAUCACAGCAAAUCAAUGAGCAGUAGAAGACCAGCAAGCAGUGAAAAGCCAGCUACCUUCACACAACCUUCAAUGGCUAGCCAUUAGCCAAUUGAAAGCUGUAUCUUCAUGACCCUUUUCUUCAUAAUCACUCUUUCUCUUCUCAUUUUGAAACCCUGAAUUUAUCUCGCUCUCUUUUUCAUCUCUUACUCGACUCAUUUUAUUGCCCAAGUCUCUUCUUCUAUCCUCAUGGCAGAUCUCCAGCCCAAAUCUGAGAUUUCCUUCGCUGAAGUCUUUCUCUGCAGCGCCUUCGCUGCUUGUUUUGCCGAGUUCUGUACCAUUCCUUUGGACACUGCCAAAGUUAGGCUUCAGCUCCAACGCAAAGCUUCUACUGGGGAUGGUGUGUUGCCCAAAUAUAGGGGUUUAUUGGGUACUGUGGCUACUAUUGCUAGGGAGGAAGGUUUAGCAGCACUUUGGAAAGGCAUCACCGCAGGAUUACAUCGCCAGUUCAUAUAUGGAGGUUUAAGGAUUGGAUUAUAUGAACCUGUCAAAACAAUUUUGGUUGGCAGUGAUUUUGUUGGAGAUAUUCCUUUAUACCAGAAGAUACUUGCAGCUUUUAUAACUGGCGCUACAGCAAUCGCAGUGGCUAAUCCAACUGAUCUUGUUAAAGUGCGGUUGCAAGCUGAAGGAAAAUCAUCAAGCGGUUUACCCAGGCGAUAUGCUGGAGCUUUAGAUGCUUAUUUUACUAUAGUCAGACAGGAAGGAUUAGGUGCCUUGUGGACUGGACUUGGACCCAACGUAGCACGAAAUGCUAUUAUAAAUGCUGCUGAACUUGCCAGUUAUGAUCAAGUGAAACAGACAAUUCUGCAAAUUCCUGGGUUCAUGGACAAUGUUUUUACUCAUCUCCUAGCUGGUCUCGGUGCAGGGUUUUUUGCAGUCUGUAUUGGUUCUCCUAUCGAUGUGGUGAAAUCUAGAAUGAUGGGUGACUCAUCGUACAAAAGCACUCUUGACUGUUUCAUCAAGACACUGAAGAAUGAGGGGUUUUCAGCCUUUUACAAGGGCUUCCUUCCAAAUUUUGGUCGUCUGGGAUCUUGGAAUGUCAUUAUGUUUUUGACUCUUGAGCAGGUCAAAAGAAUAUUCACAAGAGUAGUAUAUUAUGAUUAGUGAUGAGUUUAGCAAGCAAGAAGACGUGCAUGCGUUUGGUAUUUUGCCUCUUCAUCUACUGGAGAUUUUUUCCGCCAGAAAUAAGGUUCACUGCUUAUAUUCUUUCCAUUUAGUUACAGUGAGAAAUGUCUUCAUAUGUUAGACACAGGCUAGAUUCAGUUAAAAGUAUCCUUCCACAGGAUCACAAGUUUCUGUCUUUUAUCUUUCAAAUUCAAUCAAAAACCAACACUAUAUACUCGCAUGUUCUUUUGAAUGAUUAAAACCCUAUGCUUAAACAAGUAGCAGCAUUUCUUGUAAUAUUGUGCAACACUCGCUCAAAUGGAUUGCCCUGUAUAUCUGUAAAGAACUCGGUUAAUGGUUGGGUAAUUCAUUCUCUCAACUCAUUUUUAUUUGUCCUA